AUGGCGUCGAACAACAGAAAGAGCCUCGAGUUGGUGGACAUCUCGCACCACGAAUUGGACGAUGAUCAUGAGGAGCACUCAGUGACAGGUGCGUGGUUGAGAUCGGUUUUGAAGGGUGGUGGUGGCUUCGAGAUGUCUGAAAGGAUGCUGCUCAGUGACAGGUGGGUGGGCGUGGGUGGUUGGGAUCGCAAGCCCCGUGACUCGGACUCAGAUGAGGGGGUGGGCAAGGCGCGGCUGCCCAAGGGGGUGGUGGCGGUGAUGUGGGAGGAGUACGGCGGAAGAGCCUCCAAGCCCCGUGACUCGGACUCGGACGAAGGGAUGGGCAAGUCACGCCUUCCUAAAGGCGCGGUGGCAGCGACGUGGGAGGGGUACUGGCGGAAGAGUCUCAUGGCUCUCUUCCUUGGGUGCUCGCUCAACGUGCUGCUCGUCUUCAUCCCGCUCUCCAUGCUCGCCGUUGCCCUCAAGUGGCCGCAGAUCACCCCAUUGGCGGAGAGACGCGAGAGAGUGCAGUCGAGAGGUGUGUGCUGUGCUGUGUGUGCUGUGCUGUGUGUGCUGUGCUGUGUGUGCUGUGCUGUGUGUGCUGUGCUGUGUGUGCUGUGCUGUGUGUGCUGUGCUGUGUGUGCUGUGCUGUGUGUGCUGUACUCCACCAAUGCCACAGAGCUUGCCUCCGCACUCCACAACACGCUUAUCGCCCUUUUCCUUUCCUUUUCUCCCCCCUCCCCUACCAGCACCGCUGACAUGCUGGACUCGCUCUGCUGGGCGGACUGGGUGGGCGCUUUUCGCUGCUUGACUGCUACGGCUGGGAGUGGGGAACCCAAGGACCCGCCCUUCCCGCUCAAGUGGCUGUGGGCCAGCUCCCCCGUAUCCAUGUCCCCUUUGCCUGUGACCGUUCCUACAGUGAAGGAGCAGCAGGGGGGAGAGCCUGGAGAGCAGAAAAGGAGAAGCACGAGGAGUGAAGUGGGAGUGGGUAUGGAGAAAACAGGAAGGAGAGUGGGGGGAGGUGCUAUGGGAGGGUCAGGUCACAGAAGGGGUGGUGGGGAGGAGCAGCAUGUGCUUGGCAAGUGGUUGCAGCACUCUCAGAAGGAGGGGCAGGAAGAGGAGACUCCGCACAGGCCUCCCUCUCCCAGCCUCCCUCUGCCAGCCUCCCUCUGCCAGCCUCCCUCUGCCAGCCUCCCUCUCCCAGCCUCCCUCUCCCAGCCUCCCUCUGCCAGCCUCCCUCUGCCAGCCUCCCUCUCCCAGCCUCCCUCUCCCAGCCUCCCUCUGCCAGCCUCCCUCUGCCAGCCUCCCUCUGCCAGCCUCCCUCUGCCAGCCUCCCUCUCCCAGCCUCCCUCUCCCAGCCUCCCUCUGCCAGCCUCCCUCUGCCAGCCUCCCUCUCCCAGCCUCCCUCUGCCAGCCUCCCUCUGCCAGCCUCCCUCUGCCAGCCUCCCUCUGCCAGCCUCCCUCUGCCAGCCUCCCUCUGCCAGCCUCCCUCUCCCAGCCUCCCUCUCCCAGCCUCCCUCUCCCAGCCUCCCUCUGCCAGCCUCCCUCUCCCAGCCUCCCUCUGCCAGCCUCCCUCUGCCAGCCUCCCUCUGCCAGCCUCCCUCUCCCAGCCUCCCUCUGCCAGCCUCCCUCUCCCAGCCUCCCUCUGCCAGCCUCCCUCUGCCAGCCUCCCUCUGCCAGCCUCCCUCUGCCAGCCUCCCUCUGCCAGCCUCCCUCUCCCAGCCUCCCUCUCCCAGCCUCCCUCUCCCAGCCUCCCUCUCCCAGCCUCCCUCUGCCAGCCUCCCUCUGCCAGCCUCCCUCUGCCAGCCUCCCUCUCCCAGCCUCCCUCUCCCAGCCUCCCUCUCCCAGCCUCCCUCUCCCAGCCUCCCUCUCCCAGCCUCCCUCUGCCAGCCUCCCUCUCCCAGCCUCCCUCUCCCAGCCUCCCUCUCCCAGCCUCCCUCUCCCAGCCCCGCUCUCCCAUUGUCCCUCUCCAACCCGCCCUACCCUACCUUCCAGCUCACACCCGCAGCUCCACCGGGCAAUGGCGCUGCCACAACAUCCACAGAGGGCUACCUCGUGGAAAGUUACGGCCCCAGUGGCUCCGCCUGCUAA